AUGGCCGAAUUCAUCAGAGCACAAAUUUUCGGUACCACCUUUGAGAUCACCUCGAGGUACUCGGACUUGCAGCCCGUCGGCAUGGGCGCCUUCGGUCUCGUUUGCUCCGCCCGUGACCAGCUCACAAACCAGAACGUCGCCGUCAAGAAGAUCAUGAAGCCCUUCAGCACACCUGUCCUCGCCAAGCGGACAUACCGUGAACUCAAGCUGCUCAAGCACUUGAGACACGAGAACGUCAUCUCUCUCAGUGAUAUCUUCAUCUCUCCCCUCGAGGACAUUUACUUCGUCACGGAGCUCCUCGGCACCGAUUUGCAUAGACUGCUCACCUCCAGGCCUCUGGAGAAGCAGUUCAUCCAGUAUUUCCUUUAUCAGAUCAUGUUGCAGCGCGGUUUGAAAUACGUCCACUCAGCCGGCGUGGUCCACCGUGACCUGAAGCCCAGCAACAUUCUUGUCAACGAGAACUGCGAUUUGAAGAUUUGCGACUUCGGUCUCGCCCGUAUCCAGGACCCCCAGAUGACUGGUUACGUCUCGACGAGAUACUACCGUGCCCCCGAGAUCAUGCUCACGUGGCAAAAGUACGACGUCGAGGUCGAUAUCUGGAGUGCGGGCUGCAUUUUCGCCGAGAUGCUCGAGGGCAAGCCUUUGUUCCCCGGCAAGGAUCACGUCAACCAGUUCUCCAUCAUUACCGAGCUGCUGGGCACUCCUCCCGAUGAUGUCAUUAACGGCAUUGCCAGCGAAAACACCCUCCGAUUCGUCAAGUCCCUCCCCAAGCGCGAGAGACAACCUCUGAAGAACAAAUUCAAGAACGCCGACCCCUCCGCCAUUGACCUGCUGGAGAGGAUGUUGGUCUUCGACCCCAAGAAGCGGAUAACGGCCACCGAGGCGCUGUCCCACGACUACCUUGCCCCUUACCACGACCCCACUGACGAGCCCGUCGCCGAGGAGAAGUUUGACUGGAGCUUUAACGACGCUGAUCUGCCCGUGGACACAUGGAAGAUCAUGAUGUACUCGGAGAUCCUCGACUACCACAACGUUGAUGCGUCAGCGCAGCAAAUGGAAGAGCAGUUCAACGGGCAAUAG